AUGUCGAAACGUGUCUCGGAGUCAAAAUUUAACGCUUCCGAUGAGCAAGAGACCUCGUCGAGAGUUGUCUGCUACUACUGGGAAAGUGACAUCGUUGCCGAAGAAGAGGCGUCCGAGGAUAAGACGAAAAGGGCGAGAAAACCACUGACUGUGAAGUCCAAGAAGGGCGCAAAAGCCGCCAGUCCGCCCUCAUCACCCAAGAAGGUGUCACUCUGGAAGAUUAAAUCAAAGGCUGCCAUCGCACCGCUACCCGCCAAACGGAAGGCCGUCAAAAGGAAGCAAGCCGUGGUGGUCGAGCCGAAAGGAGCUGCUAGUAAUGCCAAAAAGGAUAAAUUAACGCAGUUAUCCGUGCAACCGGUGGUCUUGAUUGAUAGAGUAAAAGUAGAAGACCAAAUGAAGAAGAAGAAGCAGCCCUCCUCGAAAAAGUCUACCCCUGGAGGAGCAUCUUUGAAAAAACAGUCUCCCAAGAAGAAGAACGAUUCUUCAUCGCCAGCCGCGAAGGUUGAUAUGAAGGUCAAGCCCCGGAAUUGGUUGUCGGAAUACGUCCCUACGCAAAGGACGGCUGGAGAGAAAAAGUUGAGCUACAUGAACCAGUGCGACGACGACGACGAAGCGGAGGGAGCUACCAGUUCGUCUGUUUCUUCUUCUUCCUUGGAAACGCUCUUCACCCCUGUAUUCUGGAAGAAAGUUCAAGUGAAGAAGCAGCCGAAUUUGGAACCAAAUUCUCCAGUCAAGGUGCCUAUAUUUUAUUUUUUACUCGAAGCCGAAUUUUAA